UCUUCAAUUCGCCGCCACUCCUCUCCUCCUCCUCCUCCUCACUCGCAUCACUUUUCUCAUUUCUGCUGCUGCUGGCGGACAACAGACAAAGUAGCAGGAAAUUGUUGCUGUUUAUUCUCCUUAGCUGGUAUAGCUGGUUAUUUAGAUGGGCCUGUGAUGGCAUUCUCUUAUUCAUGUUUUAGUAGUUUUCAGACCCAAAAGAUUUCCUUUAGAUGCAACCCUGGUUUUGGUGGUUAUUGUUAUGGUGGGAGGCUCAAGAGCAGAUCCUGCUACCCUGUUCUUGCUUGCAUGAAAAAAUUGGAUCAAGCUUCACUCAGUGGACCUAAGUUUGACAUACUUUUAGAUAGCAUCAAAUGGGAUGACAAAGGGUUGGCUGUGGCAAUAGCUCAAAAUGUUGAUACAGGAGCUGUCUUAAUGCAAGGCUUUGCCAAUAAAGAUGCACUUCUGACAACCAUAUCUUCACGUAAGGCGACAUUCUAUAGCAGGUCGCGAUCAACUUUGUGGACAAAGGGAGAGACUUCCUUGAAUUUCAUUAAUGUCAGCGAAAUCUUCUUAGAUUGUGAUCGUGAUUCUAUAAUGUACCUUGGGAAGCCUGAUGGACCAACCUGCCACACUGGAUCUGAGACUUGCUAUUUUACGUCCAUUGAUGACAUGAUCAGCUCACAGGCAGAGGAAAAUAAGCUAGCAUUGACAACUUUAUAUGCCUUAGAAUCAACCAUUAAUCAACGCAAAGAGGACAGAGGAUCCGCAAAUGGAAAGCCAUCUUGGACGAAGCGCUUAUUGCUUGAUGACAACUUGCUGUGUUCAAAAAUCCGGGAGGAGGCUGAUGAACUAUGUCGCACGCUGGAGGAAAAUGAGGAGAAGACAAGGACUGCCUCAGAGAUGGCAGAUGUGCUCUACCAUGCCAUGGUUUUGCUGGCAAAGAGGGGAGUUAAAGUUGAGGAUGUCCUGCAAAUCUUGAGAGUGAGGUUUUCCCAAUCAGGCAUUGAGGAAAAGAAAAAUCGCAAAGCAUAGGCUUGCUGUAUCUUUGAAGAAUGUCUGUGCAAUAAAAAUUUCAACCACGUAAUGGAUAAUACAAACUGUCAACACAUGAUUUAUAACGAUUCCACCUAAGAAUUGUGUCUUGUGUACAUCCUCUAUAUAGUGAAUGUCCAUUCCAACUUUGAUGUCUCUGUCUUUUGAGAAACGCGCCUUUGUGUUUCACUAAGAUUUUCUAUGCUGUUAUAUAGGUUAGACGAGCAACAAACCAUGCCUUUCUUUCUCAGAAGCCUGAUAACUGUAGCCAGAGAGUCAGAGAAAGAAUAUGAAAGCAGAAAUCCAGUGUUUUUUGUCAGCUUAAGCGCAUAGAACUCGGUUGUUUUUGGUAUCAACCAAAAGCUUCAAGCUCAAUGUUGAGACUGCGAUGAUUAACAUGGUAUAGUGAAACUUAAGAAAUAAUAGUGCAGUUGGUAACGAGGACAUGGUAGGGUACUGAAAGCCGCCGCUCUCUAUAUGAUUAACAUGCAGGACUGCGACGUGAUAAUUCCGAGAGCUGAAUUAGACGGCCGGAGGAUUUGGCUUGCUCCCAUUAAAGUGCAUUUUGUAUAUGUGAGUUUAAGGUUUAUACUGAACUUAGUGUGAUAGCGUUGAAUUGUA